CAUCUGGUCUGUUGGGUCACAAGACCUUGUACGAGUUUCACCGGAUGCCGGUGAUGAAGAAAACAAAGGCAAAGGCAGCUCCCUCUCUAUGCCAUGGGUCCUCUCGGCUCGCCCACAUCGCCGUCACGGCACCGCAAAUCCGCAAUCAACUGCCCCGCCAGACAAUUGCCUCCCUAUAAACCCUUUCGCUUCGCUUCGCUUCGCUUCCCUUCAGUCUCCGUCCGCCAGCGCCAGUGGCCAUCACCACUACCACGACCCCGCGCCAUUCCCCACGCCCGGCCACGCGCCUCUGCCGCAGAGGGCUGGGUCCCCGGAUGCAAUGGACCUCGACGCCGACAUGAUCCCCACCUCCCCCUCCGCCGACUCCUCGCCCUCCUCCUCCGACCUCGACACGGAGUCGACGGGGUCCUUCUUCCCAGACCGGAGCACGACGCUGGGGACGCUGAUGGGCGUGUCGGCGUUCGGCGGCGCGCAGGCGCAGCCGCAGCAGCGGCGCGCGGCGAGGGCGCCGGCGGCAGCCGAGGAGGGCGCGGGAGGGGCGCAGCGCGCGCCGCACGAGGAUGAUGAGGAGAGGCGCCGCGGCGGGGUGUGGCGGAGGAGGAGGCGGCGCCGCCGGCGCCGGCGCGGGCGCAGCCUGGGCGGGAGCUGGUGGCGGCUGUGCCGGGACCACGGCGACGGCGGGCCGCCGACGUCGCUGGGCGAGUUCCUGGACAUGGAGCGGCAGCUCGCGGGGGCUGACUUCCUCUGCGACGGCACCGGCGCCUCGGGGCGUGAGGCCGCCGCCGCGGCGGCGGCCACCGCGCUGUUCGAGGACGGCAGGGUGCGGCCCCCGCAGCCGGCGGCGGCCGCCGCAGUGGCGGAGGAGCGCGGGAGGUGGCGGCUGCUGCGGGCGUCCGAAGGCUCGUCGUCGCUGGCGCGGCUGCCGGUGCUGCUCACCGGCAUCUGCAGCGGCGGCGCGGGGUGACCAAAAUCCAAAACCAAUGGUGCUCGCCAAAUUGCAAUUAAGUGGCUUCCGAGGGGUGUUCUUGCGACAGUAGAGUGGAUGCUUACGCUAUCCUUUAAUCAAGCCUCUUUGUCCCCCCUCCAUUUCCCUUUCUUUAUAGUGUCGCCAUUAAUUAAUUAUUGCACUUUGGUUCUUUUAGCCAUGAUGCUCA